AUGAAGACCUUCGUAGGACUGUGUCUUGCCAUGGGCAUCCUAAGACUGCCAUCACGUAGAGAUUUCUGGCGUCAGAAAAAGUGGCUUUUUCGAACGACCAUCCCCCAAGCCAUUUCAAGAGACAGAUUCGACAUCAUCUGGAGGUAUCUCCACUUGCAAGACAACAAAAGCAAUGAUGUGAAGCAGUCCGACAAGCUUUGGAAAGUCAGAUGGUACCUCGACUACCUGAAAGAUCGAUUCCAGGAAUUGUAUGAGGUGGAUGGGUUCGUGAGUGUCGACGAAAGCAUGGUGAAAUUCAAGGGGAGACUCGCUUUCCGACAAUAUCUUCCUCUGAAACCUACCAAGUGGGGCAUCAAGGUGUGGGUGAUGGCUGAGAGCUCCACUGGGUAUGUUUCAAACUUCCAAGUCUACACCGGACGUGAGGGAGGGAGUAGUGAAAAGGGCCUUGCACACCGCAUAGUAAUGGAUCUGGCUGGACCAUACUUCGGGUCCCAACUCUCCAUUUUUAUGGAUAACUUUUACUCUGGGGUGCCGCUUUUUGAAGAGUUGAAGGCUCAUGGUCUGAAUGCGUGUGGCACUGUUCGAUCCAACCGAAAGGGAAUCCCCCCAAAACCGCCUGCCAUGGAGAAGCAUCGGUACCAAGUGUAUCAGAAGGAUGACCUGACCUUCUGUGCUUGGCAGGACACAAAGGUUGUUUUGGUCCUGUCAAACUACCAUGAGCCCAUGGCAGAAGGGUCUGUCAGGAGAAGACGGGGAGAAGACAUCCAGAGAGAGGUCAGAGUGCCAGCGUGCGUCUCUGAUUAUCAGAAGCACAUGAAGGGGGUCGAUCUACUGGAUCAGAUGGUAAGCUACUAUCAGUUCCAGCACCGGUCCAAGAAAUGGUGGCGGAGGCUUUUUUUCUUUUUCCUAUCAGUCAGCUGCUACAAUUCUUUUAUUGCUGCAAGGAGUGCUGGAGCCUACAAGGGUUGCUACAAAGAGUGGCAGGAGGACCUUGCACAGGAACUUGUCACCCCUGUGACAGCAAAGAGUGCUCCUCAGUGCGCUGCAGCACCUGUGACAGCCUCAGCCGAGCACGACUGUGAAAAGAUCUUUGAGAAGAGGAAGAUCUGCAGGGAAUGUUCACUGUCUAAGAGUGGCACUGAGGCCCGUCCUGGUGCAACAGUGUAUGGCUGCAGACAGUGCAAUGUGCCACUGCACAUUGAGUGCUUUGGAAAGCAUUGCCGCAGCACUCGAAAGUAA